UUGUUUUUUUGUUUUUUGGCUAUGGCUGUUAUCCUUCCUGAUAGAAAUGGGAAAUUGGAUGAUGUUGUUCUUGGAUUCGACACGCCUAAGGAGUAUAUGAAUGAUACAGUCUACUUUGGAGCCCUUGUGGGUCGUGUUGCAAACAGGAUUGCAAAUGCAGAAUUUACAUUAGAUGGCAAAGUCUACAAAUUAGUGGCUAAUGAAGGAAAGAACACGCUACACGGUGGCCUUAUGGGGUUUAGUGAUGUUGUUUGGACAGUAGAAAGUCACAAAGUAGAUAGUCAUAUAACAUUCACCUAUAACAGCUAUGAUGGUGAACAAGGCUUCCCUGGAAAUCUUUCUGUUAUGGUAACAUACAUGUUCCUUGGCACAAACAAAUUGGGUAUUAAAAUGGAAGCCAAGGCUCCCAACAAGGCCACUCCAGUAAACCUAGCUCAUCAUGGUUACUGGAACCUCCGUGGCCAUAACAGCGGCGAUAUCCUCUCCCAAAAGCUCCAGAUUUUUGGUUCCAGUGUUACACCAGUUGAUAAAAAUCUCAUCCCCACUGGAAAAAUUGUCCCUGUCAAAGGAACACCGUACAAUUUCCUUGCUUCCCAUGAAAUUGGAAGCUUGAUCAAUGAGCUACCAGACGGAUAUGACAUUAACUAUGUGCUGGACAAAAGUAACCCAGAACAUUUGAGGAGAGCGGCUUUGAUGCAAGACCCGGUUUCAGGGCGAAAAAUGGAGCUUUGGACUAACCAGCCAGGGUUGCAAUUCUAUUCAAGCAACAUGUUGCACAACGUGAAGGGCAAAGAUGGUGCUGUUUACCACAAGUUUGCUGCAGUUGCUUUGGAGACACAAGGUUUUCCCAACUCUGUGAAUCAACCAAAUUUCCCUUCACAAAUUAUCAAUCCUGGAGAGAAAUAUUUGCAUGUCAUGGUUUAUAGAUUUACUGCAGACGAGAUUAGAACCAGCUUGACAAGUAAACCAGUUUCAUUAGGAGCAAUCAUUUAUAAUAAUUAGCUCUGCAGGAAACCUCUCCUAAUUGACAAUUUAUUAAAUGUUUUAUAAUACUUGUCUAAUCUUGGUUAUAGUUUGGAAUAAUAAAGAAAUAGUUGCUAUUGCA